AUGCAGGACCGCCAACGCGCCAGCCCUGAGGCCCUGUCGAUCCAACAACUCUGCAGAGAGCUGCUCGAUCUCAAGAAGGAAUUCUGCCAUCGCAUCGACUCGAUCGUGCUGCGAUACGGCGGCGUGCAUGCGUCCGGUUCCGUCUCAGUCCCACAAGACCUAUUGCCGGAAACCACCACGGCUCGUUCGCACCACAAAUCCGCUGAACACCGCUCCCACAACCACCACCAUGGCCACCACCAUCAUCAACAGCAACAGCAGCAGCAACAGCAGCCACAUCCAUUGUUGCCGUAUUCUCAAAUCAGCCACUCGGUCCAGGCAGCGCCACUGGAAGACCAGGACCUUUCCGCAUCGAUUGAAUGUGAAGAUGACGACGAUAAUGUGGAUGCCGAUGAUGCCAACUGCCCCGAUGACGGCAACGAAGCCGACGACGACAGUGGCCUCAGCAGCACCGUCCAGGAGCUGAUCCGCCAGCACCGAGAGCUCGAAAAGGCCGCCCAGUCGGAGCAGCAGCUCGUCUUUGUCGAGCCCGCAGUGUCGUCCAUGCUCCGCAACUGUCUUCCGCAGUACCUCGGCCAGAUCCCUGUAUACAAGCUCCCCCGAUCGGUGCUGACCCGCAUCGUCGCAAUGCUGUUCUCGCCCGUCGACGUCCAGAACCUCCUCAAGGCCCUGCGGCUGCAUCCGCUGCUCCUGACAGACCUUGGGUGGUCGGCGCCACCGGACGCCGCGGGCUCUUCGUCGCUGUCGGCACCACUCUCGUCCAUACCGGAUAUCCCGGGCCCCCAGCUUCGGGACGACGAGCCUAUCGGUCAUAUCAUCAUCAAGGCCCUCAAGUUCACGCCACCCAGCAACAUCGCCGCCUCGCUCUUGCUCAGCUCUCAUGCCGCAGCCGCCUCUCUCUCGGUCGAGCUCGAUGCUCUCAAGCGCAAGGCCUCCCACCCGCCAGCACCCGACCUCGACCUUUCCCACGCAUCUGCCCUCUUCCCCAUCCCAUCCGCUGUCCCUGGCAUGCAGCUGUCUGCCCUGGCUGCUGCCUAUCCCGUCGGCCAGAUCCUGCAUCACCUGCAGCAUUCUCGGGCCUUACUCUCCGCGGCCCGUCCCACCAGCCAAAGUAAGCGCCCCAAGAUCGACUCCCCGAAUGCAUCCAAAGACUCUGUUGGAUCGAGCAAAUCGCCCAGGCCCACGGGCUCGCAACAGCAACAGCAGCAGCAAUGGGUGUGCCACUACCGCGGAUGCGGCAAGAAACACUCGGGCGUGCCCGGAUCACACAACCACGCAAAGGACGGCCCCUCACUGCACGGCUCUCCGGCAUCGACUCCCGAUCGUCGCUAUCGCACCGUCGGUCGGUCUCAUGUGCAUCCAGGGCUCCAGCUGCAUCCAAGCCUGCACAAGACAGCGGGCAUCUCGAGGUCCACCCUGCAGCCCGAGGGCAUGGCCGCGCCUGUAUCUGUGUCUGUAUCUGUGCCUGUGCCUGUACCCGCAUCGGUGCCGAGGGACUUUAUGAUUGGACUGGACCAGGAUGGUGCUGGUGCUAGUGCUGGUGCUAGUGCUGGUGCUGGUGCUAGUGCUGGUGCCAGUGCCGGUGGUGUCGCAGCCUCGACAGAUGAUGGAUCGGCAUCCCACACCGGCUCCGAUAGCUUGGAUAUGGCCGCCCAUCUCGAUGACGACGCCGAGCUCGAGGCAGCAGUCCGGGCUGGGUUUGACGGGCACAUGGAGACCGAUAUCGAUGUCGACCUUUGUCCUGACGCUGGCUCUGAGCAUAAUCCUGAGGCUGACCAGGAUCCGGACAAUGACCAAGACCAAGACCAAGAACAGGACCAGGAACAGGACCACGGUCAGGAUCAUCACCAAGACCAAGACCACGACCACAGCCACGGCCACGGCGGCCAGUUUCGGUGUCAUAUCGUGGGCUGCGACAAGAGCUACAACACCACGGCGGGCCUGCGAUAUCACCUCAAGGCCACCCACAGCGCCAUCACCGACCGCGCCCAGAAGCUGAAGAAUCGUGAGAUGAAGUACUGCUGCCACAUCUGCGACAAGUGGUUCGGCACCGCUGCUGGCUUGCGAUACCACAACAAGGUCGCUCAGCACCUCCACCACCAUCAUUCUCACCCCGAUCGCAAAUAA